CAGGAUCACGUGAGGAUGCUGCUGUGGCUUCUCCUCUUUCCUGUCCUAGGUCUCGGGGCCUGGGGCAAAAUGGAAUGUUCUUUUGCAGGUGAUUUCUCCUGGGAUAAAACACAAACCAGACACUUGUCAGAGAGGCUCCGGUACCUGUUCGGCAACAUUUCCCAGCUCACUGGAAAAGGCAGUCUGGAUGUCUCCACCAUGGUCUCUCGUAAGGAGUGGGGGGCGGGAGCUGUCGGCUGCAGCACCCCGCUGACUAUGCCAGUGGACUUCCUUGUCAUGCACCAUGUUCCUGGGCUGGAGUGUGACAGUCAGCCUGCCUGCAGUCAGCGGCUGCGUGAGCUGCGGGCCUAUCACAUGCACAACAACAGCUGGUGUGACUUGGCCUACAACUUCCUGGUUGGGGACGAUGGCAGGGUGUACGAAGGUGUCGGCUGGGGCGUGCAAGGUGUGCACACCCAGGGCUACAGCAACGUCUCCCUGGGCUUCGCCUUCUUCGGCACCAAGGAAGGCCACAGUCCCAGCCCAGCUGCCCUGUCAGCCAUGGAGCGCCUGAUGUCCUAUGCUGUCCAGAAGGGCCACCUGUCACCCUUGUAUGCUCAGCCAUUUCUUGUGAAAGGCGAGAACUGCCUGGCUCCUCUGGAGAAGGCAGGUCCCAAGAAAGCUUGCCCCGACAUUGUAUCUCGGUCUGCUUGGGGGGCCAGGGAGACCCACUGCCCCAAAAUGACCCACCCAGCUAAGUACACCAUCAUCAUCCACACUGCGGGGAGAGCCUGCAACACAUCUGAGAAGUGCCGCCCGCUGGUCCAAACUAUACAGUCCCUCGUCAUGGACAGAUUCAACUCAUGUGACAUCGGGUAUAACUUCCUCGUGGGCCAAGACGGUGUCAUUUAUGAAGGUGUGGGCUGGAAUGUCCAAGGCUCCCACACUCAUGGCUACAAUGACAUUGCCUUGGGCAUUGCCUUCAUAGGUACCUUCUCAGGUACCCCACCCAAUGCCGCAGCUCUGGAGGCAGCUCAGACCCUGAUCCAGUGUGCGGUGGACAAGGGGUAUUUGACUCCCAACUACCUGCUGGUGGGGCAGAGUGAUGUUAUCAACACCCUGUCUCCUGGGAAGGCUCUGUACGACAUCAUCAGCACCUGGCCACACUUCAAACAGUGA